AUGUCGUAUAUUGAACGAUUCCAGCACCUUGUCAAAAUUGUACAGCAAGAUCGUUCGCUGUUCGAGAAGUCUAUCAAAGCUGCAGAUAUAUUGCUGACAAGCAAGCUCGAUAGUUUCCGCAGUUCAAUGAUCUCGCAUAAGUUUGUUUAUGGUGAAAUCCUCACCCAACUGAGCCGUCCUUCAUGUGCGCAAGCGUUUCUUUCUGGAACUGAUGGAGCCCUCACAUUGAAGCAGGCAGAAAUUGACUUUCUACAACGCUUGAAAUCGGCUUGGUACCCUUCCUUUCGUGAAUGCUCUUCAUUGAAGUUGGUGGAGGCGAAAGCUGCUGAAGCAUCUCGCGUUGUUGCUGCUGUUCUAUCUGCGAGUGAGGCGGUUGUAGACAAGGAACUCAAUUUGAAAGGUUCUUAG